GACUCUCUUGAAAUUUUGAGUUUUUGACACUUAACAACCCAAAAAUUUCCUGAGUGUCUCGUAAUUUUGGACAAACAACGUCCCCGACUAUGGCUCCAAAGAGAAAGGGAAGCUCAACUAGAUCAACUCUCUCUCCUUUUCCAUGGCGUUGGGACGUCUUUUUGAGCUUUAGAGGCGAAGACACCCGUUUCAAUUUUACGGAUCAUCUUUACAAGGAGUUGAUGCGGAGGGGUGUUCGCACCUUCAGAGAUGAUGAAGGACUUGAAAGAGGAGGAGAGAUUCAACCUUCACUCUUGAAAGCUAUUGAAGAUUCAAUGAUUUCUGUUGUCGUUUUUUCGGAAAACUAUGCUCAUUCAAAAUGGUGCUUGGAUGAGCUUGAUAAGAUCAUGCAGUCCAUGGAAAAGGGACAAUUAGUUUUACCAGUUUUCUACCAUGUGAAUCCGUCUGAUGUGCGGAAUCAAAUGGGGAGUUUUGGAGAAGCAUUUGCUAGAUACGAAAAUGACUCUGAAGAUAGGGUACUGAGAUGGAGGGAGGCGUUGACGAAAGCGGCCAAUGUGUCUGGAUGGCAUGUGCAGGAUGGGUAUGAAUCAGAGGCUAUUCAGAAAAUUGCUCAACUCAUUUGCAAUAGCCAUGUUUCUAAAAAGCUCUUAGAUCUUGAUGAUAAACUGAUUGGAAUGGGACCUUGUUUGAAAGAAAUUGCUUCAUUAAUAUCUAAUGACUCAGAUAAUGUUCGCACAAUUGGGAUACAUGGAAUUGGUGGAAUAGGCAAGACAACCCUCGCUAAAAUUGUAUAUAACCAAAAUUUUUAUAAAUUUCAAGGUGCUUGCUUUCUUUCAAGUGUUAGCGAGAGGGAUUUGCUUCAGUUACAAAAUGAACUUCUUAAAGCUAUUAUUGGGGACAAUUUUCCAAGUGUAAGGAACAUUGAUGAAGGCAUUAGUAUGAUAAAGAAUCGACUCCGCUUUAGAAGGGUUCUUGUUAUUCUUGAUGACAUUGAUGAUCUAUUUCAAUUAAAAUCCUUAGCUGGAAGGGAUGAAUGGUUUGGUCCAGGUAGUAGAAUUAUUGUAACGACUAGAGAUAAACAUUUACUACAUGUGUGUGAAGUGUUUCGAUUAUAUGAGGUUAAGGAAUUAAAUUUUGAGGAAGCUAUUCACCUCUUUUCUCUGCAUGCGUUUAAGAUGAACAGUCCUCAAAAAGGUUUUAUAAAGCUCUCAAGAUGCAUAGUGGAUUAUUGUAAGAGACUUCCGUUGGCUCUUAAGGUUCUGGGUUCUCACCUAUAUGGUAAGACAAAACCUGAAUGGGAAAAUGAGUUGGAUAAGAUGAGAAAAUUACCUAGUGAGAAAAUCCAUAGUGUGCUUGUUAGAAGUUUUCAUAAGCUGGAUCCCACACAAAGAAGUAUAUUCCUUGAUGUUGCAUGCUUCUUCAAAGGGGAGGAUGUAACGUUUGUUACAGAAAUACUUCAUGCUUGCAAUUUCUUUCCAUCUAUUGGAAUACGAACACUCAGUGACAAAUCUCUCACUAGUGUUUCGAAUGGCAAGUUAUUGAUGCAUGAUUUAAUACAGCAAAUGGGAUGGGAUAUUGUUCGGGAGAAAUAUCCUGAUGAACCUGGCAAAUGGAGCAGAUUGUGGGACCCUGAAAAUGUCUAUGAUGUAUUGACAACAAAUGCGGGGACACAGGCAAUUGAAGGCAUAUUCCUAGACAUGUCCGCAUCAAAAGAAAUACAUCUUACAACUAAUGCUUUCAAAAAGAUGAAAAAGCUUAGAUUGCUCCGAGUCUAUCAUAAUUUAAAAAAUAUUUCUAACACCAUACAUCUUCCUCAAGAUUUUAAAUUUCCUUCUCAUGAGUUGAGAUAUCUCCAUUGGGAUGGAUGGACUUUGGAAUCAUUGCCAUCAAAUUUUCAUGGUGAGAAAUUGGUUGAACUCAGUUUGAAGCAUAGCAGCAUAAAACAACUUUGGAAAGAGCACAAGUGUCUUGGAAAGUUAAAAGUCAUCAAUCUCAGUAACUCUCAACACCUUGUGGAGUGUCCGAACUUGUCGGGUGCACCACAUGUGGAGAGGCUAAUUCUUGAUGGUUGUACAAGUUUGCUUGAGGUGCACCCAUCAGUUGCAAAGCUGAUAAAUCUGACCAUCUUGAACAUGAAAAACUGCAAAAUGCUUCACCAUUUUCCAAGCAUCACUGUAUUGGAAAAACUUGAAGUUCUUAACCUCUCUGGCUGCUCAAAACUUGACAAGUUUCCAGAGAUCCAAUGGUAUAUGGAAUAUUUGUCGGAGCUUAAUUUGGAAGGGACUGCUAUUGUAGAACUUCCUUCUUCAGUGGUGUUUCUUCCACAACUUGUUUCAUUGGAUAUGAAAAACUGCAAAAACCUUAAGAUUCUUCCAAGCAACAUUUGUUCUUUGAAAUCCCUUGAAACUCUGGUGUUCUCUGACUGUUCAGGACUAGAGAUGUUUCCAGAAAUCAUGGAGGUUAUGGAAAGUUUACAAAAGCUUCUUUUAGAUGGAACGUCUAUAAAAGAGCUGCCCCCCUCAAUUGUUCAUCUUAAAGGCCUUCAGUUAUUGAGUCUAAGAAAAUGCAAAAACCUCAGGAGUCUUCCGAACAGCAUUUGCAGUUUGAGAUCCCUUGAAACCCUCAUUGUCUCUGGUUGCUCGAACCUCAACAAAUUGCCAGAGGAACUGGGAAGCUUGCAAUACUUAAUGAUUCUUCAAGCUGAUGGAACUGCCAUAACACAACCACCUUUCUCACUUGUUCACUUGAGAAACCUUAAAGAGUUAUCCUUUAGGGGAUGUAAAGGAUCAACAUCUAACUCCUGGAUUUCGUCCCUUGUAUUCAGGUUACUGCGUAGAGAAAACUCAGAUGGGACUGGUUUGCAGUUGCCUUAUUUGUCAGGUUUAUACUCCUUAAAAUAUUUAGAUCUUAGUGGCUGCAAUCUAACAGAUGGAUCAAUCAAUGACAAUCUUGGCCGCUUACGCUUCUUGGAAGAAUUAAACCUUAGCAGGAACAAUUUGGUUAUGGUACCUGAGGGGGUGCAUAGACUUUCUAAUCUAAGGGUCCUUUCUGUGAAUCAGUGCAAAAGCCUUCAAGAAAUUUCCAAGCUUCCACCAAGUAUAAAAUCAUUAGAUGCUGGGGAUUGCAUAUCCCUUGAGUUUUUAUCAAUUCCCUCUCCACAGUCACCACAGUACCUAUCGUCUUCCUCUUGCCUUCAUCCUGUAUCUUUCAAACUGUCAAAUUGCUUCGCACUAGCUCAGGAUAAUGUGGCAACCAUACUGGAGAAACUUCAUCAGAACUUUCUUCCAGAAAUUGAAUACAGUAUUGUUCUUCCUGGAAGUACAAUUCCAGAGUGGUUCCAGCAUCCAAGUAUCGGAUCCUCAGUAACAAUAGAGCUGCCUCCAAAUUGGCAUAACAAGGACUUUCUGGGUUUUGCUCUAUGCUCUGUGUUCACACUUGAGGAGGACGAAAUCAUUCAAGGCCCUGGUCAGAUUUGUUGUAAUUUUAAAUUUAGAGAGGGGCCUUAUUUGAGUAGCUCCAUCUCUUGGACACACAGCGGAGACAGAGUGGUUGAAACUGAUCACAUAUGGCUGGUGUAUCAACCUGGUGCUAAACUUAUGAUAUCCAAGACCGGUAGCCUCAAUAAAUUCAAGAAAAUUACAGCUAAUUUUAGUCUCUCUGGGGCAUCCCAUGUGAUGAAAAACUGUGGAAUCCAUCUUAUAUACGCCCAAGAUAAGAAAGUGAACCAUCAAACAAGGUAUACAAUUGCCAAGAGAAGCAGUGAUAGAAGUGGUUAUUUCCGUCUUGAGGAAACACAACCUAAGAAGAGGCUAAGAGGAGGAGAGAACUAUGAGGAAGGAUCUCAUGCUUAAACUCAUCCAAGAAUGCUUAUACUCCAAAAAUGGCUUCUGUUAGCUUAUUGACGUUGAGAUCGAGCUUGGUGUGGACUCCAAGUAUGCUCUGGAAGAAGAAUAUGAGAAACUGAAAGUGAAAGGUACUAGUCAAGUGGUUCAGGAAGGAUUGGUAGGCUUGAGUUAGGUAAAACCUUGUAUUCAAUUUUUGUUCUUCAUAGUAGACGUUUUUGAUCGGUUGUAGGCUAGUGAUUUUUUAUCUCUUCGGAGGUUUUCCACAUUAAAAUUUGGUGUCAUUGACUUUUUCUCUCAUUUUGAUUUAUUUUUAGUUUUUUGAUAUCAUUGGUUACUUGAGCAUAUAUGUUAAAUGGAUGAACAAUGAGUUGAAAUAUGUGUGAUUAUCCAUUGGGUAUCUUGAAUAAUUUUUCUGUUCUUUUUAGUCAAUGAUAUCUUGUAGUAAUUGGAAAUCAGUUAAGGAGAUAAUUGUUUUUAUAAAUUAAUCUUGGGGAGUGUUGAAACAUUUGCAUGUGACUUACAUUUGAAAUUUGUUAGGGGAGUGUUGUUGUAUUCAUACUUGCUUGUGAAUUUUAUACUUUGUUGAAAAGUUGGAAGAGAAGUUGAUAGAUAUUGAGAAAUUCUGAGGUUAGAUAAUUUGUGUUGGGAGAUUUUUUUAAAAAAAUUGUUC